AUGGAAGUACCUGCAGACGCGUAUAUACUUCCGUCCCACCUCUCAAAAGUCUGCCUCGACCCCCUUGGCCUGUGUGAUGUGGAAAACCCGCCUGUUUGGGAUGUUAUCGAAACCUCAAUUCAUGUCUUCCGCUCUGAAUGUCCCCCACCCAAUAUACAUCAGCUACCAAGGCUCAUUGAAGAUCUCUCUUACUCGAUUCAUCUCGACGGACAUAUAAAUACCCAGUAUCUAUCUCAUUUCCUUGCGGAAAGAUAUCCGGACCCCUCCUCCCCACUAGCACAGACAACCCUCGAUGCUAUCCUUGACGCAGCCUUGGCCCUUCCAAAGCUAUUUACAGCCCAUACUAUGUGCCAUCUCGGCGAAGGUCACCCCAUUUGCGAGCUAUCUGUCGCGCAAAUACAAUGCAUACUUGCCCACCAGAUCCUGAACACCCUCGUCCGGCCCAAGGGUAAUAACUGGGGCUGCGGCUUUUCCGGCUGGUAUUCCGAACCCCAAGCUCUCGAAACAGCGGUCUCUGGCUAUCUUACAGCACUUUUCAAAUAUUUUGCUCAGUCUCCCAUACACGAUGCGACAUCCGUCACUUAUCAAUAUUACAGCCAGGCUUCGGGCACCAACCUCGAAUCCCAGGUCGACGAUUGGAUGAAGUGUUCCACUAUCCAGCUAUUCGAUACACUUACUAUUGAACCCGUCUCUUCCAGCGGCGUUCCCUUCCCUCAUCCCUCAGCGCCCAGCACUCUGGUUGCUUCAAACAAGUUCCCCGGUUUUGGGCCAUCUUGCACACAAGAGGAGCUGGUGACAGCAGCCUGUCCUCCACUCCUUUUACUCGGUGCCAUUCUGGUAAAUCCUCCCGUGCCAUCGAAUGCUGCGCUGUUGGUUUAUGGGCCAGUACCCUUAACACACUGGCAAGGGCAGGGAAGAGAAGCACGCAGGACAGGAGCGACCAUAACGAAACAUCAUACUUUCCUCUUUCUCGAUGCCGCAGAGCUUGAUACAAGCAACAAAAUCUACCCCGAUCUCGACUUGCGCUGCAUCCUGCGAGAUUUGCAAAAAUUGUAUCUAGGUUUCACAGCUCUUCGACAACAGGGAGUGAUGGAGGCAGCUUCGCCUCUGUGGGGUGCAGGAUCCUUCGGCGGGGACCCAUUCAUUAAUACACUAAUAUUAGCAAUGGCUUCAGCUCGUGUAGGUUUGAAGCUCCACCUGUCUGUGGAUAAAGAGCGAAGAUAUUCAUCGGCGACCAGUGCCAGCACCGAAAAAGCCCAGCAUUUGCUUUCCCUCCUUCAAACUCUGCGAGGAAGGAAUAGUCUGACGAUUGGCAAUACGGUGCACCGACUGCGAUGCCUGGCAAAGGCCGUCAAGACACAUCCUGAAGGUGGUGUGGAUAUAGUAGACGCUUUUGACUCGGAUGUAAUGUAA